CGCUCCUUCUACUUCACGGCGCCUCUCCACGCUGGAGGACAGAAAGAGAAAGAGAAAGAGAGGGAAGGAGACGCACAAAAAGAAGAAGGGCGCACAGUGGGGGGGGAAGAUAAAGAAAGAGGCUGCAGCGGAAACGACCAUGGCCAUAAGCAGCUCGUGUCAGCGCGAGACGGUGUCCGAGCCCAGCGCACUUGCUCUUCAUCAUCUUCCUCUUCUUCUUCUUCUUCCGCCCGCCGCCCGGAGCUCACAGACGCACCGCAGCCAGACUCCCGAUGAAUGAGAGGGGCUGGACCGGGGCCGCGGACAAACAUGAGGGUCCUCUUCACCCAAAACGCCGGUUUCGUCGCAGCUUUUUCGCCUCUUUUGUGACGUUAGCGGAGCGCAGGACGUUAGACGAUGUGAAAGAAAUACCUGAAUAUCAGCAGAGCAGCGAGGAGAGUCAAUUAUUUUAGGUUUCUCCUCCUUUAUUUCAAUGGGAUAGAGCUCGGAUAAAUAUCUAUAUAAAUAUAUUUAUUAUAGCCAGUAGAUUUGAAUGGAAAAUGUGUUCAUAUUUCGAUAUAAUUCAGCUGUCAAAAACUGAACACUGAAUAUAUUUUUAUACAAUAGUGGCACUAUAAUAUACAGCGUUAGCAUGCGUGAGGUUAUUAUGAACCCAUUAAUCAUUAUGCUGCAUUAGUAAUCCAUUUUAUAGUAACAUGAACCGGCAAGAGGAGCCAAUUAAACCAUUCAGGACAAUCAGUGAAUAGUUUCCUCACGUGACGAUGUUUGUAAUUUAUUUAUUUAUUAUUACUAUUGUUUAGGUUUAUAAGUGAUAUAGUAUCGGCUUGUUUAAGUAGGUAGUUUAAUCAUAUUUAACAGUGUAGUGAGGAUGGACACCGCUCGUUUGUCACCCCGCCGGGGGUCCACCCGGCUGGAGGUGCAGAUGAGAGGCGCGGGCGGAGCAGCGGCGGCGACGAGCAAACCGGCCGGGGGCGUCCUCCCCGUUUCACCUCCACCUGCUGCCGACAGCUCACCCGAGGAGACCCCGGCGAACGGCAACAACACCGACGGCCGGAGGAACUCGGGCGUGAAGAAGCACCACCACAAGCACAACCUGAAGCACCGCUACGAGCUCCUGGAGACGCUCGGCAGAGGCACCUACGGCAAGGUGAAGAAGGCCAUCGAGCGGCACUCCGGCAGAGAGGUAGCCAUUAAAUCAAUUCGGAAGGAGAAGAUCAAGGAUGAGCAGGACAUGGUGCACAUUCGCAGAGAGAUUGAGAUUAUGUCAUCCCUCCGCCACCCACACAUCAUCUCUAUUUAUGAAGUGUUUGAGAACAAGGACAAAAUUGUGAUUGUGAUGGAGUACGCCAGCAAGGGUGAGCUGUAUGACUACAUCAGCGAGCGCCGACGCCUGAGCCAGCGGGAGACACGACACUUCUUUAGACAGAUAGUAUCUGCUGUGCACCACUGCCACAAGAAUGGUGUAGUGCACAGGGAUCUGAAACUGGAAAAUGUGCUACUGGAUGAAAACUGUAAUAUCAAGAUUGCUGACUUUGGGUUGUCCAACAUCUACCAAAAGGACAAACUACUGCAAACAUUCUGCGGCAGCCCUCUCUAUGCAUCACCGGAGAUUGUCAAUGGAAGACCAUACCGUGGUCCAGAGGUGGACAGCUGGGCUCUUGGGGUGCUGCUGUACACUCUGGUCUAUGGGACGAUGCCAUUUGAUGGGGGAGACCACAAGAACCUCAUUCGUCAGAUUAGCAAUGGCGAGUACAAAGAGCCCACUCAGUCCUCAGACGCCCGUGGACUGAUCCGCUGGAUGCUGAUGGUCAACCCUGAACGCCGAGCCACAGUGGAAGACAUAGCCAACCACUGGUGGGUCAACUGGGGGUGGAAGAACAGCGUGUGUGACUGCGACACCCAGCGAGACCACGGAGGCUCACCCAUGCUGGCCCGUUUCAUCGACUGGCAGAACCGUACCGAGCCACGGGGAACUGCAGCAAAAGCUGCUGCCAUGCCCAGUAUACUGCGCCAAAGGCCCAAAAAAUCGAAGAAGGAGAAUGUCGAGGUUGAACAGUCUCAUAGUGGAGCCGAAGACAAGCCAGGUUUGAAGAGACCCAAGGGCAUUUUGAAGACCAGGGUCACUGAGGGACAGCAGUCUGCGAGUCUUGAAGAAGGGGAGCUGGGUCGAGCAGCUCUGCCUCAACAAGCUGAAGGUGGAGAGGAGGCAUCCAGCCCAGACAGAGAGGAAGAGGAGCCCACUCUGGGAGGGGGAUCACCAGCUAAAAUGGUGCCUUCCUUACCUAAGAAAGGCAUCUUAAAGAACAACCAACAGCGGGAAUCAGGGUACUACUCGUCCCCGGAGCGCAGUGAGUCCUCGGAGCUUUUAGGGGGUGCCAGUAUGUCUGUGGUAGCUAUGUCCCCACCCAAAAGAGCAAUGGGGAGAAAAGGCAUCCUGAAGAGAAACGGAAAGUACUCCACCUACAGCGGGGCACCCUCUUCAGCAACAUCCAUGGGAGUCAUCGGUGACCCUCCCCCACCAGCAGACUCAGGUCUGUCGCGCAGUCAGAGUCGUCCCUCCAGUAUAGUGGGGGAGGACAGCUCCGUCCUGUCACUGUCACCGAAUUCCCUCGGCGGCGCCGAGUGGCACUCCUCCACCCCGCACCUCCGCCCAAACAUCAGGGCCUGCGUCUCUGCUGAAAACCUGCUGCAGCUCGCCAACUUCAAGGGCUUCCAGGCAGCGCCGCCUCUUCAGGGACCUAAGAUUAGCCGGGGCCCCAAAAUAAAAGGCUCCCCGGGGGACAACGGCAGCUUCUCCUUGCUGGGGGAUCUGGAGGACAUGACUCAGGUGUACCAGCAAGCCCUGGACAUCAGCAGCAAACUCACCUAAGAGACGGGUGGCAGAGGGGAAAGGAAGCGGGAGGUGGGGUUUCGAGCACAGCUCUGUGUGUGCAUGAACGUGUGUGUGUAUGUGUGUGGCACUAACGACCAGUGUGUUACUGGGAUACACCUUUGGGAGGCUGCUAGCUUUUUUUUUUUAAAAUUGGGCAGAAAAGUUGAUGCAACAGAUAUGUCUGUGCUCACACGCAGACACACACACUUGAGUGCACGUCUCAGGCCAGCAGGUGAAAGUUACGUUUUGGUGAAGAGGACAGACUCAGAGCUGGCACAAGAGAAUGUCACCCAGUCUGCCUUCUGGGCUCUGCCCGUAGGCUUUGCUGCGUUCAACAUGUUUACAUAUUUUGGCACGAAGGCAAGUUUAAAUCACAAACGCAGCAACCAGAAACUGGUUGGUUCUCUUUGUACACCACCCAUAGGAGUUUACCAGAAGCACCUUAAAACUCAGACAGAACACAUGCUUUUGUGAUCUUUACUUCCUUUCUAAAAGAAGAAACAAACCAGGGUCUUGUUUUAAAAAAAACAAUUCAAUGUUUAUUUAUUAUUAAUAUUUUUUAAGCUUUAGUUGUAGGUGUCAAAACUGGUGGGUGGCUAGCUGUUACUGGAAGAGUCCAAAGCUCCUUGUCUCUGAUGCUUUAUGUGAAACUGACAUAUAUAAAUAUGAUACUCAGUGAUAGGAAACAUUUAUAUCCUCAACUUAUAUAACUGUUUGCGCAUGUAAAACCAACACAAGCAAACAUUUCUUAAAAGUGUAUGUCCUGUGUAUGUGUAUGAUACUAGAGAAUAUGUAGGAAGUGCCUUUUUUGAUUCAUAACUGAAAUUAUAUAUGUCAUUUCAUUAAAGUGGAGGGAAAAGCCAGGCCACCCGGUAACCAGUUCUUUUCAUUUUUUUAAUGUUUGUGAAUGUGGAGAAACCCAGAGCUUUCGGAGCAUAGCUGACUCACUUAUUUUAUGGUUCAAAGGUCAGUUUGAGGAAGAUUAAACAGUCUUAUCUCCUUGAUUUUCUCUGAGCAUUUUGCAGGCCACUUUGGAAAAAAAGGACAUUGGUUUUGUUGUUUUUAUUUUUGUUUUUACCAAAGACUUUCAAGGUGUUUUCCAUUGAGGGAGUAGUUCAAAUAAUUUUUUUCACCUGCAGCUCUUUUGAAAAAAAAAAAAAAAGAGUCAAGUCAGGGUGUUUUGUUCCAGCUAGCUGAUGACACAGCAAAUUCCUUGGACAAAAAAGCCGGAGACGUGUUUGUUCUGGAGAUCUCUUAUCAGGCCCCUAGACGACUCAGCACAGGUGGGAUCUGUGGUCUCGAGUCCCCCAGCUGGGUGUACUACUUCAUUAUGUCAACCAAGCACAAUUAGCUGGCUAUUGUUUUUAUUAGAGGGUAAGAGAGAGGUGGCGCGGCGAGAUUUAUAGCUGUAGGCAGAGGCGAAGUGUGUGAAAGAGAGAUGUGAUGCCAAGAAUUGAGAGAGGAGGAGGAGGGCUUUUCCGGUGAAACUCAGGAAAGGUCGUGGUGCUAGAUUUAUUUUGUGAAAGGAUUUGUAAUGUAGACUAGUGAAAGUAAACACUAAGUUUGUAGAUGGACUAGAUGGAAAGUUUUUGUUUUGUACCAAAGAAGGCGAUGAGGCUAAGAUGAGAAUCAAGUGAAUUUAAGCGGGUCCAAUUUUUCUAUAUAUAUUUUUUUACUUUAACUUGGGAAUCCCUAUCUGCGAGUAGAUUUAUCCCUACAAUGGUUGUCCUUUAAAUUGUACAUUAGAUGCAGGAGGAUAAAGCAAACUAAAGGUUCAAUGUUCUGUGUGGCUUUUAGAAAGUAGCAACGUCUCAUUUUAACAUCAACUGAAGUCCCGGAGAAUCAAAAACUGGCCUCAUUUAUUAAGUUUUAUCAAAUGUGGAUCGGAAAUCAUGCUUUAUAUUUCCCAAAUAAAGGUAAAAAAAUACAUAAAUCAGAUCACUUGUUGAAUGUUUUCAGUAGUCAGCUCAUGUGAAGGAAACAUCUUGGGUACUGAGUUUAAAUGAAAGACCCACUGCUUAUUAUAUUGUAUUUUUAUUGCCUUUUUUGUAUUGCAUCUUAUUGUGAACUGGAUUAACAGUGAAAAAAAUUAUACUAUGUUAGUAUUUUUGUUUUAUUAUGCUUCUGUUUUUGAUUUUCCAAAAUGUCAGAAAUUUUAUUUGCUUUUAUGUAUGGCUUAAAAAUACUUCCUUUACCUUGAAGUAUUAGAAUUUUUCUAUAAAAGAAGAACAGCAACAACAAAAUAGACUGAUCUAAUGUGAAAUUGGUGUUUUACGGUAAUUUCAUUUUCUACAUGUUUUGGUACACCUGAGGGCUUAACGGCAUAUGAAAAAAAUUCAAAUAAAUCAUCCAAUCAAAAUUAAAAAAGUAAAAUAUGUAUUUUAUCUCAACAGUGUACUAUUAGAAAACUAUUUCCUUAUUUUUAUUUACCAAAGCAGAGGAGGUCUAAAAACAUAUCUUAAAAAAGUAAAAAUUGAGCCAAAAUAAAGCAAUGCAAACAAUCCAAAGUUUAAUUUAGCCAAACUGGAAUUAGAUCAUGCAUAUCUGUUAGUUAGCAGGCAACCUAUAUGAAAACUUGACUGGAUAUUGUUAUGACAACAAUAAUAAGAAAUUAGUAUUAUUAUGUUAUUUAAGUAUUAAUUUUGUUACAGCUCAUUACUUUUGUUUCAUUGUUUUUGUGGGAUGGUAUCAGGGGAGUGGGCUGCCAAGGUUUAUUAAGUUGUGUGCCUUGGGUAUUGUUCAAAAGUUUUAAUUUUUUUAAUACCAAAAAUUGUAUUUGUAUUUAUUGAUCAUGCCUUUUUGGACAUUGUGUUGCAGUUUUGGACGUACUGCAUACACUUUUUUAUUUUAUUUUAUUUUUUCAAAUAGAGUGGUAUCAUCUCAGUUGGGUUACAGUGGUUAACAGUGUGUUGUUAGGAGUAAGAAGUCGAGUUCCUAAAAGCCUGUAAAUCGUCUUUGUUCACUUUUCAGGUCAACACAAUGCCCUUGUACUGUAUCAACCCGAAUAAAUAGAUCUUUAAACUUAA